AUGUCUGACAUAUUCCUCCAUAAAAUUCCUCACCCACCUACAAAUCGUAUGGAUCUCUCCCCACCAGAAAACUAUCGGCUAUACAACGUGAAGAAGACGUUGAAGGAAGGCCCGAUUGGAUACCUGAGGAAACAACGGAGAGCACCGGCAGCGUCUCCGUCACAUCUCCGAAAAAGAAACGACUCCGGCCAACAAAGCCACGAAUUUGUUGCGGAGGAAGAUGACGACCCGAUGGUGACCCCGACAUCUCACGCACGCCAUGGUAGGCACUGGCGGAUGACUUAUGUAGACGAUAGUGACACACAUGAGAAAGAGCUCGAUGAUUUGCCUGAAGAAAUUGAUAGUGAUUUGGAUCCAGUGGAAGACUAUGAUCCAUUCGAAACACCCUUAAUGGUGGGAGCUCAUUUCAACAACUUGCACACAUUUUCGAAGGUUCGUCGUCCGCAUUUCCCCCUUAAGGAGAACCCCCUUCCGAGAAUCCACUUACGUGGGUUUGGACUAG